GGCUCUGUUGGGGACUCAAAUUGAGCUGGCUGCUGGUUUUGACUCACAGGAUGAUGGGGUCACAAAGGCACAGCAUGGAUGUCCCUCCAUCCGUCCCAGGCCGGUCCCUGACCUCCGUCCUGCUUGUCUCUGCACUGGUCCUCCCUGCUCUCACCCUGGACAGCCUGCUGUGUUCCUUCUGUCCUCUACAGCCCAAAGGCAAGUCGUGCUCCAACGUCACCAGUCAGUGCCUGCCCUCCCAGCGCUGCUCCAGCUCCAGGGGCCGCUACGGCUCUGUCCACAUCCUGUCUGCACAGGGCUGCGUGGACGCCGGGCUCUGUGGCUCCCAUGAGAUGGUCUCUUACCGUGGAGUCGAGUACAACGUCAGUCACACGUGCUGCUGCAGAGACAGAUGUAACAGCGCACCGAAGCCUGACACCAGCCUGAAGAAGCUGCUAGGAAUCAUUGAAGCUCAACCAGAAGAUCAAACCAUCACUGAAGCUGCAGAGGAGGAACCGUGGAGUUCAUGUGCAGAUUACUGAC